ACGUGUGAGCAUGAGUGCGUGUAUGAGUGCGCGCACGUGUAAACAAUAAUAAGAAAAACCAUGACGGAAACAACGGAUGUGCCAGCAUCUAGACAGAUUUCGCGUCUGGGCAACUGCGAGGUCUGCGCCAGGCAACCGGCGCGCUACGCCUGCCCCAAAUGCGAGGUGAAAACGUGCUGCCUCACUUGCGUGCAGAUCCACAAGCGGGAGCUGGAGUGCGACGGCAAACGGGAUCGCACCAAAUUCAUGCCCAUGAGCGAAAUGACCGAGCGUGAAUUCAUGAGCGACUACUGCUUCCUCGAGGAGUGCACCCGCUAUGCCGAGCAUCGCAAGAAGGACCCGUGCAAACGCUAUACGCAGCAGCAGCGACAGCUGCCUCUGCCACUGUAUCGGCUGCGCAAUGCAGCCGCAGAGCGCGGCACACGUCUGCAAUUCAUGCUGGCCAACUUCAGCCGGCACAAGGAGAACCGCACGUACCUGCACUGGAAGGAGCGCUGCAUCUACUGGCAAGUCGAAUGGCUGUUUGUUCAUAUGGAUAGCGAGACGCCGACACGCUUCGUGGAAAAGCGCUGCAGUGAACAGCAAACACUCGAACAAUUGCUGGAAAAAUAUCUGGAUAUACAGCAUGACUUGGCCAGCAGGCACCGCAAAGUGUUGCAACAUCAUCAGACCGCUGGCAUUGGCGAGCUCAGCCUCUGGCUGCGUGCCGAGGGCGUCAAGCGGAGUGGCCAACGCUGCUACUCCCUCGCAUCCUAUAAGACACUCGGCUCGAACCUGGCGGGCAAGACAAUUGUCGAAUAUCCAACCAUAUAUAUCAGCUACGAACAGCGUCCACCUGCUGGCCUUGAGGCGAUUGAUAGCGAUGAAGAAGAAGAGGAGGCAGCUGGCACUGAUCCGCAACCAACGGCCGCGAAACGUUCCAAGACUGAGGCAGCUGAUCCAACUGAGCCAGCUGAGCCACCAGAGCCAGAAGAGCCAGAAAAGCCAAAGAAGCAGCUGCCCGAGCUCUUGGACCUUUACUCAUUGGCAGAUAGCUUUGGCGUCGACGACUCCCCGGAGAGCAGCAGCAGCAGCAGCAGCGACGACGAGCAGCUUAGUGUUAAUGAAAAUGUAGACAAUUAAUUAAUAAGCAAACAGUUUAAACAAUUAGCAUAAGAUUAAGUUAACUUUGUGGACGACUUACAAAAUGUUGCAAAAUUCAUGCAGAAACAGUUAUACAAAUUUCGUCACUAACCUAAAACGAAUGUUGUGAAAGGAGUGACAAAUAGAAAAUACCCUGUUUAACAUUAUUAUACACAUAAUAUAAAUAUUGUACAAUAGAUUUAUUUUUAUAAAUCUAUUCUGUAAA